UUCUCCUCACCCUCUCCUCUCCUCAUUUCGCCAGCUAGUCUGCCUCUUUCCCUCCGCUCAUCCAUCCUCUCGGACCAUUUGGUCUCAUCCGCGGGAGAGCAGCGGCGGCGGCAGCAGCAGGGCGGUGUCUCUGCUUCCUUUGCUGGCUCCUGAAGACCUAAAUGGUCGACGUUUGGACGGAAAUCCGACUGUCGAGCCUGUAAAGACAGGAUUGUGAGCGAUCAGAAUGUCGGAGAAGGGGUCAGCUUCAGAUGUGAAGUAUGCCAUGGAGGGAGACAGCAGAAGAGCCAAUCAGGAUCAUGACUCAAAGAUGUCAGACGAGCACCGAGACACAGACGACUCUUCUGAGAAGACGCCCAGCAGGGUGUCCAGAUCCCCACAGAAAUCCUCCAAAAGACCAAAGACAGUGCCUGUUAAAGUCGCACUGCUGGAUGGAUCUGACUAUGAGGCUGGAGUGGAGAAGUCCUGUAAGGGGCAGGCCUUGCUGGAUAUGGUGUGUGAGCACUUGAACCUGCUGGAGAAGGACUACUUUGGCCUGACCUUCUGUGACGCGGACAGCCAAAAGAACUGGCUGGACCCCUCCAAAGAGAUAAAGAAGCAAAUCAGAGUGGGCUCCUGGCAGUUUUCCUUUGCUGUCAAAUUCUAUCCUCCUGAUCCCUCUCAGCUGAUAGAAGACAUCACUCGGUAUUACCUUUGUCUACAGCUGAGGGAGGACAUGCUGUCUGGGCGACUGCCGUGCUCAUUCGUCACACACGCUCUGCUGGGCUCCUACGCCGUGCAGGCCGAGCUGGGUGACUAUGACCCUGACGAGCACGGGCCCGACUACGUCAGCGAGUUCCGCUUCGCCCCCAACCAGACCCGUGAGCUGGAGGAGAGGGUGAUGGAGCUCCAUCGAACUUACAGGGGUAUGAGUCCUGCAGAGGCUGAAGUGAACUUCCUGGAGAAUGCGAAGAAGCUUUCUAUGUAUGGGGUUGAUCUCCAUCAUGCCAAGGACUCAGAGGGCAUUGACAUAAUGCUGGGUGUGUGUGCCAGCGGCCUUUUGAUCUACAGAGACCGCUUGCGCAUUAACCGCUUUGCCUGGCCCAAGAUCCUCAAAAUCUCCUACAAGAGAAGCAACUUUUACAUCAAAAUCCGCCCUGGAGAGGUAGAGAAAAAGUAUGAACAGUUUGAGAGCACCAUUGGCUUCAAGCUGCCCAACCAUCGAGCCUCCAAGCGCUUGUGGAAGGUCUGCAUUGAACACCACACUUUUUUCAGGUUGGUCUCUCCUGAACCCCCACCCAAAGGUUUUUUGGUGAUUGGCUCAAAGUUCCGCUAUAGUGGACGGACUCAGGCCCAGACCCGUCAGGCUAGCGCGCUGAUCGACAGGCCGGCCCCGCAGUUUGAGCGGUCAGUUAGCCGGAGGUACUUGCUGUCACGCAGUCUAGAUGGAGCCUCUGCUCUGGGGGACACAAUGGACAGACUGUCUCAGCACACUCCUAGCGAACCCACUCCUGGCCUGGUCAGAGACGAGCUGGACCGGGACUACAUGGAUGUCGGUCAGGAGCAUGAUCUAGACCAGGAUCAGGACCAAACUGAAGACAGAGGGUCAGAAUCUGAUGCUACUCCUUCAAGGGCUAUGGAGCUGAAGAGGGAGGAGCCGGGGUCUCCUCUAGAUUCUAAAGCAGAGUCGGACCAGGACUUGGCCCCACGCCCCAAACAGGAGCAAUUCCUGGAUAAGCCGGAAGACGUACUGCAAAAGCAUCAGGCCAGCAUCAACGAGCUGAAGAGAGCGCUGAGGGAACCCAACAGCAAACUAGUCCAUAGAGAGAAACGCCUAUCUGCAGCCUCUUCUGGUAGCACUCCAGAGAAAAAAGCUGCCUCUGAGGAACCCUUAUUGAUUGAGAAGCCAGACGGUUGUCAAAGAGACCUGACCCUCAGUUCAAAAGAGGAAAAGAACAAGAGCCCCGCUAGAAUAGAUCCAUCUUUCACUGGUUCACAGCACGAAGGAGAGGAAGCGAUGAGAGAGAAAAUCCAUAUGCCUCAUGGCACAAUGGGAAGCUAUGCCAUAACAAGGAAAGCAAAGGACUCCAUCCCAUCACCAGAGAAGCCUCAAAGAACCAGAGCUAAAAGUUCUGUACUGAAGAACAAACAUAUCCAGGAUGCGCAUUCUGUUGUGGACAAUGAUGAUGAUAACGGAUUUCCACACGAGAGGCAUGUGGAGAACAGUAUUCAUGCAAACGGCUAUGAUAAAUAUCCAACAGAGAGGCGAUGGACUGAAAGGAGGUAUGCAGAAGAUUCUGUGAACCCAGAUUUUUGGAAUUAUGAAGAGAGAAGCUGGGGUGAGGCUUCUCCCAAUGCAGCCGUCGACAAACAUAUGAGAGAUCAGUAUAACGGAAGCAGAUGGCAGAGACAAAGCAUGGAAGGCGGAAAAGACAAAACAAGAACUACCGUUAAGACCCAAACGACCGCAGACUCAGUUCAGAGCAAUGCCGCUCAAUCGGAGGUAAAACGAGUCGUACCCCUGAAGCCUGAGAGGUCGAAGAAGUUGAAAGGAAACAAGGGAGUCAAGCCGCAAGACCACACUGAAAGUGGCAAAUCAGUUAAUGAGAUUGAGGGAGCAAAGUCGAACGAGGAUUCAUCUGGAAGUGAAAAGGAGCCCCUCCCCACUCCAGCAAUUCAUGCGGAACCACAGGAGGAAGCCCAGAGGGAGCCAUGGGAACGACGCCUGGGAUCUGUGUCCGAGGACGACCCUGACCCAGAAACCCUGUAUCUUAAAGAGACCCACCUGGGUAUUGAACGCAAAUGCUCCAGUAUCACCGUCAGCUCUACUUCCAGUCUGGAGGCUGAGGUGGACUUCACUGUCCUUAUGGACCUUCAGACAGGGAUGGAGGAAUUCUCCAGAGGUAUGUCCGAGCUUGGAGAGAAGGACUUCUCACCUGAAUUUAGCUAUUCAGACCGGCCAACCCAUCCAGCCUUCACACUAGGGGCUGACCCCAUCAUCCUACCAGAGGAGAAACACGCAGAAGUAUGGAGAACUGUGGAAGAACCGAAGCCGGUUGUAGAGCCAAAGCCUGUGGAGGAGCGUAAACCUGAGCCUUUUGUGCCAAAAAAAGCUCCACGGUCAGUGAAAGCUGCUCAGGCUUUGAAGAAGGAGUCUUCAGAGCUUGCGAGUAUGCAAGCGGUAAGACGAGAGGCUUCAGAGACGGCAUCCUUUCAGCCCCACAGUAGAGAGAGCAGUGAAAUCAUUGCCUCACAGGCUCUGAGGAAGACCGAGGUCAAGAUUGAGACACAGCCAAAUGGAUCAGAGGUCACCACAACCAUUAUGGAGAUUGCAGAUCAGGACCACGGCAUGAGUGGGUUGCGAGAAGCUUCUUUCACAAUGGCCGAGAGGAUCUCUCCUGUCAGUUUUGGAUCUUUGGCAAGGGAAGGUUCUGGGUCUCCUCUAAUGGUAACAGAGAAUGUGACAUCAACCACAACGACACAUGUUACCAAGACUGUGAAAGGAGGAUACUCAGAGACAAGAAUUGAGAAGAGGAUUAUCAUUACUGGGGAUGACGAUGUUGACCAAGAUCAAGCGCUUGCCAUGGCAAUAAAAGAAGCCAAGCAGCAGCAUCCUGACAUGUUAGUAACCAAGGCCGUUGUUGUCAGGGAAACAGAAUCUUCCACACACGACCCACAUGAGGAGUCCAAGUCCUGAUCUCCUAGGUUCUCAGGACUGUGUACAGGAGAAGUUCUGGAUUUUGAAUCGCCCAGGACCUCACCGGUUUGCAUACGGAUAAACACCCACACUCAGUCAGAACUCAGAACUCACCGUUUAUGUACACAUCCUUUUGUUUUUACGCUCGCCGUGGUUGUGAAAAUUUGAAUGGGAGCUUUUGACUCAGACUCUGACUUUGUCUGGUUUUCUGACCCAUCUGGAUCUGUACAGUCUCCAGCGCCAAAGAUUUUGGCCAGCCUGCUCUGCAGCACAGCAUCCAGAGCUGCUCUGUUUAAGGGAAUACACCUUCACAGCCCAAAGUGAACUUUCUUCUCUUUCUACAGCCCAAAGUGGCACUGGGCAUGAUUCACUAGGCCAUUUGAAAAACUUCCGAACUGAUGAUUUGUCUUGGUGUAAGGACAGCAUCAUCUGUUGGGUAGCAUAUCUAGGGAUGGAAAAGUUACUUGUCUCUGCAUACAUAUGCCCAUGCUUACUCGAUCAGCUAGAAUUAGAUUCUGAAUCUCAAACCAGUGAUCUGCAUGUGGCAAAGCAGGCUUUAGUCUAGGAUAGAUCAACAAAUUUAACAAACAACGGACAGCACCAAACCAGCUACAGCAGGUCAGUGCACUCAUCAAACAGGCACAUAUGGUGCUGACAGGGGACGGACAGAUUGCUGGACACAAGGACACCAGUCUUUGCCAACAACGGAAAGAAGAGGCUUCUGAGAAGCAAAGGCUCUCAAACUAAUACUUGGUAGAGAGGAAAAAUCCAUGAAAAAUGCUUCAAAACAUUAUGAUCUAACUGCUCGGCAUCCUCAAAAGAAUCCUUUGCUCCACUUCGCAACGUUAAGAUUUACCACUUGAACUCGUACAGUGUUGGGAUUUAUUUUCUUGGACUUAAUGUAUAUUUGGACUUGGAAAACCCUACCAUAAUGCUCCUGUAUGCGUUUCAACAUGGUAACAAAAGUAUUUUUUCUUCA